UGAGAAAGAUCUCACAAAUAAUAAUAUUGAUCAGUUGCAUCUGUUUGAUCACGUCCUAUUUUCUGCUUCUGGUUCACUUCCUAAGAAUGAAGUCAAUGCCAUCAAGUGGGAUCCCACAGGCAGUUUACUGGCCUCCUGCUCCGAUGACAUGACCCUCAAGAUCUGGAGUAUAAAACAGGACAACUGUGUUCAUGACCUUCAGGCUCACAAUAAGGAAAUCUACACAAUCAAGUGGAGCCCAACCGGCCCGGGGACCAACAACCCAAAUGCCAACCUCAUGUUGGCCAGUGCAUCAUUUGACUCAACAGUACGUCUAUGGGACGUCGAACGCGGGGUGUGUAUUCACACACUGACCCGCCACCAGGAGCCCGUCUACAGCGUGGCCUUCAGCCCAGACGGCCGCCACCUCGCCAGUGGUUCUUUUGACAAAUGCGUCCACAUCUGGAACACUCAGACAGGUGCUUUAGUUAACAGCUACAGGGGGACGGGUGGGAUUUUCGAGGUGUGCUGGAACGCCACAGGGGACAAAGUAGGAGCCAGUGCGUCUGACGGAUCGGUUUGUGUUUUAGACCUGAGGAAAUGACCCCUCGCCAGCGUUAGCCAUGGACCGACUGCGAAUGUGUAAAUAGCCAAAUGACUGUCCCUGCCUGUCGGGCACACUGCUGUAGACCCAUCAGAUGCAGAGGCCCACGGUCACCGCCCUCCCUCUCAUCUUUCAUCUUCUACGUGUGCAAACAAGAACCACACCUUUGACACACCAUCUUCUUGUGCACAUGUAUCUCAAAGGUUUGUUUAAACAUUUGCAUCUCUCCCCCAGGACUGCCGGACAAAUCAUGUUUUUACAACUGCAGUCAAACCAAGGACCCUAAGUGUUUUUAUCCUAACUCUUUUUUUUUUCUUUUUCUUUUUUGGUUUGUUUGUUGGUGGUGUGCAAAUUGCACAUGUCAACACUUGGUGUCCUGUGGACAGCUUUGUGUUAUAUUCCAAUUUGGACUCUAGUUUUUGUAUUAUGUGUGGCCCCGGGAGAGAUGACGCAGUCAUUUUAUUAACAGGUGUCCUUGGACAAAUUCAUCUUCCUUGUGUUUGACAGCUUUUUAGGCUUCCAAAAUGCAAAUGCUAGAAUCACGACCUUGUUGAUCAUUUUGUCCGCCGAUUUCACGACAAGAUUUUAGCUUUUUUUUUUUUUUUUUUUUAAACAAACUCUAAAGCUAUCCAUCAUCGUGAACCUUGCUUUGCUGUUGCAACUUCUAUCCUCAGUAACAACUUUCAGGUGUAAAUUCAUCAGGUUUUAAAUAAAAAAAAAGGUAAUGUUUCUGUA